UUUGUCUCAAUUGAGUUCCAAUGGGGUCGCUGUGUGCAUUUCUUUUACUGUCUAUGUAAAAAACACUAUACAUCUGUUCAGUCCAAACAUUUAAAGGCGACCCGGAGGAAGACUCGUGUACCGGAAGUAGAAGGUGUAGUUCCACCCCGCGCGGGCGAAUUUGAAAGAAGAGCAGAUUCGUUUACACUCGAAAACAGAGAAACUUGUUUUUAUGUAAUUCCACAUAACGUUGACAGAACGUUUAACGGAUUGGUCAGUGUUAGGAAAACAAAUGCGCAGCUCUUGUAUGUUGUGAUCGUUAGCUUAGCUUCGUUUAGCUUAGCAAGAUGAGCAUCAAAGCCGAGCGAGUAUCGAUGAAGAGCGGCGCUGGAAGCAGAAAUUCAGAUGGUAGAAGAUCCAGCAGGUUAUUAUCCCUGUCUCCUGAAGCUGAGGCUCCGGCUGUGAAGCGGUCAAUCACUGUCAGGAAGAUUGCUCCCAGGAAAACUCAGGCGCUGUGUGACAGUAACAAGGAGAAUGUGUCUGGAUCAUCUGCAGUGGUGAAGUCGUCUUCAGCGGCAGCAUCGGUCCUCUCACCCGUCCCGCCUCCUCCGUCUCCAUCUGUGUCUGCUCUGCACAGAGAGCCGGAGCAGGACCCCGUCUGGCCCCUACGAGUGCGGCGCUCCUACAGUCGCCAGAGUCCGGGGGACCGGUCCUUCGGCAGCCCAAACGCCCGUCCUGCUCCUCCCUCUUCUCACAACACCCCAGACACCCUGUUUGGUUUCGAGAGGCUUCAGACGCCAGAGGUGAUGCGCACCGCGGCUGUGGGCUCCUUCCACCUCUCCGCUGCGGAUGACAGCGUGUCCCAGCCUCCAGAGAUCGAUCCUAACAUCCCCGGUGUGUGUCUGGGGAAGAAGACGGCCAGGAGGAAGCGUGUCCAACAGAUGAAGAUGUCGGAGCUGGACCUUCUUGCCGCGGAGAUGAAUGCAGAGUUUGAGGAAGCAGAAAGUUUUGAACUGUUUGUUGAAUGAAGAGCCACGCGCUCGGGACAUUCCCACGUCACACUGCUUCAUUAUCAUCAUCGCGUUUACUGCCCUUAAAUCUGAUCUGAAAGCUUGUUUUAAGAGUUAGUUGUUCUGAUAUAAUCACAAUGCUGCAUUCAUCAGUUAAUCUUUGAAUGACGUCCGCAGAUGAAAAAACCUGUUGUGAUUUUUAGUUUUUUCUCUUAUUUGAUUUACCCCAGAUCUCAUGGUAGAUGGUUGGUGUUUACUACACGACUGUAGUGUUCUACUGUUUGAAGAAGAAGCGUUGUAAAGCAGUAGUAGCCUGUCAGAGCUGAAAGUGUAUAUAACACAGGCAUACUGCAUUUCUGUUCAUACUAAAUGACAUCAUGUUUAAAAUAUCUAGAUGAGUUGAUCUAUAAAUCUUUAGAUGUGUUUUAUAUCAGAGUAAGUGUCUAAAUAUAUUAAUGUAGCCUUAUUUAACAUUGUCUACUUUGUCUUGUCCUUUUUUUUGUCAUUAAAUUGAAGCGUUUUGUAAUUUCCUGUUUUAUGUUUUCCAGAUUGUAAAUAAAGCCUGUAUUUGUAAAAA